GCUUUGAAGUAGAUUUCAAGAAUUUUUAAGAACUUUUUUAUAUAUUUGUUUAUGAAUUUAGUUAUACCCUUGCGAACCUAUUCUAUUCAACCGGUUCUAUGCCACUGGCAGACUUCUGCUGUCCGUUGUCAAUCUGUGGCCGCCUGCCACCCUUUAAGCAGUCGCUUGCCAUGCCGCUUUUCAACAAGAAGUUCGAAUCGAAGCCCAUUCCGGUGCGUCAGGGUCGCUGCAAUAUUGGGCAUCCUUUGGCCACCGAGGAGCUGGACGACUUCCGCCAGAUCUCCCUGACCCUGGGCAACAAGGAGCUGCGUUUCGCGGACGGCAUCUGGAUGCAUUCGUCCCGGAAGGGCGAUGUGGACGACAUGCUCAGGCUGAACAAGAAGUUUCGGGCCCUCGAGGAGGAGAACAAUAUGUGCAACCUGAAAAUCGAGGUUAUGCUGGAUCUCCUGGCGGAGCAUGCCACGGAACUUGGUGAACUAAAACCAAAGUAGAAGUAAUAAGAGUAAUUUUAAGGAGUCUUUACCUAUCUGCGAUAAUAAAAGAGGGAAAUAUAGAAGACUUGAUUUACUGGCAAUUUAAUUUUUUUUUUUGUGUCUACAAUAGAAGAUAAAAACGGGUGAAUGCAAUAAGACUUAGUGAAAUGUUUCUUAAAAAAUAAAUAUCACACAUUUUAAAAUUAUAUACAGAAUGGGAGUUAAUUCACUGAGCGCUAUAUCAUACAAGAAUAUAAAAACGUUCAAGGACAUGUCCGAAGAUUUCUUAAAAAAUAAUUACAACGCAUUUUUUAAUCUCUCAAUUAGUAUUUAUUAAUUGCUUGAG